GUGCGUCAUGAGGUCUCAGGCACUGGUUCCUGCGCAUGCGCGGAGCUCUGUAUCUGGGAGGUUGCGACUGACAAGGAGUCCGGCAGCACCGGAGGGCGGAGACCGGGCCAGAGAGAUCCGUGUCAAGCGGUUCUCAUCGCGUCCCAGAAUGGUGAAGCCGGAUAUCCACACCCUUGCCCGCCACCUCAAGCAAGAACGCCUGUAUGUUAAUUCGGAGAAGCAGCUCAUCCAGAGGCUAAAUGCCGAUGUGUUGAAAACGGCAGAAAAGCUGUACCGCACGUCUUGGAUUUCUAAACAGCAGAGAAUCAACUUGGACAGGCUUAUUCUCACCAGUGCUGAAGCAUCACCUGCAGAAUGUUGUCAGCACGCCAAGGUGCUGGAGGACACCCAGUUUGUGGACGGCUACAAACAGCUAGGAUUUCAGGAGACCUCGUAUGGCGAGUUUCUCAAUCGGCUCCGGGAGAACCCAAGGCUGAUUGCAUCUUGUCUUGUGGCUGCGGAGAAGCUUAACCAGGAGAACGCUCAGAGUGUCAUCCAGACUGUCUUCACGUCUCUGUAUGCAAACUGUAUAAUGCAGGAGGAUGAAAGCUACUUGCUCCAGGUAUUACGCUACCUGAUUGAAUUUGAGCUGAAGGAAAGCGAUAACCCUCGUCGACUGCUCCGGAAAGGUACUUGUGCCUUCAGCAUCAUCUUUAAACUUUUUUCUGAGGGACUCUUCUCAGCCAAGCUCUUCCUAACAGCAACUUUACAUGAGCCCAUCAUGCAGCUAUUAGUUGAGGACGAAGAUCAUCUGGAGAUAGAUCCAAGCAAGCUUAUUGAGCGCUUCUCUCCAGCUCAGCAAGAGAAAUUAUUUGGGGAGAAGGGCAGUGACCGCUUUAGGCAGAAGGUCCAGGAGAUGAUAGAUUCCAACGAAGCCAAGCUGGUAACACUGGUCAACAAAUUUAUCGGUUAUUUAAAACAAAAUACCUACUGCUUCCCACACAGCCUGAGGUGGAUUGUAUCUCAGAUGUACAAAACUCUGUCUUGUGUGGAAGGUCUGGACGUCGGUGAAGCAAGGUCUAUGUGCACCGACCUCCUGCUGACCUGUUUCAUCUGCCCUGCCAUAGUGAAUCCAGAGCAGUAUGGGAUUAUAUCUGAUGCUCCAAUCAACGAAGUGGCUCGAUUCAACUUGAUGCAGGUCGGCCGCCUCCUGCAGCAGUUGGCUCUGACGGGAUUUGAGGAAGCGGAAUCGCGUGGCAGGAACAAUCUCAGUAAAUUUGACAAAGGCUGUGUUGCUGCUUUUUUGGAUGUAGUUAUUGGAGGCAGAGCGGUGGAAACUCCUCCAUUAUCUUCUGUAAAUCUCCUGGAAGGGUUAAGUCGCACCGUUGUGUAUAUGACAUACAGCCAGCUUGUCACUUUGCUUGGAUUCUUGCGCAGUGUCAUAUCUGGGGAUCAGCUGCGAGAGGAGGAUAGAAUGGCCCUGGAAAACCUACUGGUGACAGUGCCACAAACCAAGCCAUGCAAGAACAACCAUGACAGCACUCCUUACAGCACUCCUCAGCUGUCCCCCGCUACCACCCCAGCCUGCCGAAAGAACAGACUCCCUAUAGGGCAGCAGCUUGCAGCCAUGACAGUCUGGGACACGUCCGCCUCAAACCUCUCCGCUCAUAUAAACCUGGUGACUCCAUUUGUGACUCGCAGCAGGAGCAAAACCAGCCUCCUGGAGGCCGAACACGAGGGGUCCCCUCAAGAUGCCAUACCCCAAGAUCAACCUGAGGAAGUGCUCGUAAUUUCACUGGGAGCAGGGCCGCAGCUUACCCCGGGCAUGAUGUCCGAGAAUGAGGUUCUGAAUAUGCAGCUUGUGGACAGUGGACAAGCGGAUGUUCCUGUGGACGACACAAAGCUUCAUGGGAAGCCCGACAAGACCUUGCGCUUUUCUCUCUGUAGUGAUAACUUGGAAGGCAUUUCAGAAGAAGAAGGAAAUAUGUCUACACCAGGUCCCUCGAACCGUUCCAACUCGGUGUCAUCCCUGGACCUGGAAGGAGAGUCGGUGUCAGAAAUGGGUGCUGGGCCCUCAGGCAGAAAUGGUGUGGAGGCGCUGCAGCUGCUGGAGCAUGAACAGGCUACCACACAGGACAACCUUGACGACAAGCUGCGCAAGUUUGAAAUUCGGGAUAUGAUGGGAUUGACCGAAGACCGAGAUAUCUCUGAGACAGUUAGUGAGACAUGGAGCACGGACGUUCUUGGCAGCGACUUUGACCCAAAUAUUGAUGAAGACCGGCUGCAAGAAAUGGCUGGUGCAGCGGCAGAAAAUAUGCUGGGUAGUCUGCUUUGCUUACCUGGGUCGGGCUCCAUACUACUUGACCCUUGUACUGGAUCCACUAUAUCGGAGACCACCAGUGAAGCAUGGAGUGUAGAGGUCCUGCCCAGUGAUUCGGAAGCACCAGACAUGAAGCAGGAAGAGCGGCUGCAAGAACUGGAGAGCUGCUCCGGGUUGGGCAGUACAUCGGAUGACACCGAGGUGCGGGAGGUCAGCUCCAGACCCAGCACUCCAGGUCUGAGUGUGGUGUCAGGCAUUAGUGCAACUUCUGAGGACAUCCCCAACAAGAUAGAAGACCUCCGCUCUGAGUGUAGCUCCGACUUUGGAGGAAAGGAUUCAGUAACGAGCCCUGAAGUUGAGGACUGUGUUCAGAACAUUCAUCACACCACGUCUCCCCCAUCCCAGACAGAGUCCUUGUUAGCCAUGUUUGAUCCCUUAGCGCCAGCAUCUAAUGAAGUGGUGCGGCCCAAAGUACACUAUGCAAGACCCUCUCACCCUCCUCCUGAUCCACCCAUUAUGGAAGGAGCUAUGGGAGGCAGUGAAGCUCGACUGCCCACGUUUGGCUCGCAUGUCUUUGUUCCCACGGACUCUGACUCCUAUAGGCAGAGGCACUCUUGUCCUGAGAGAUUAGUGCGCAGCCGUAGCUCUGACAUAGCCACAUCCAUACGGCGGCCUAUGAGUGAUCCUGGCUGGGCAAGAAGAGCAGGAAAUGACGAGCGAGAGUUGCCACCUGGUGGAAUGGCGUUGGGUCCAUCUGCAGGGAUCAAUGCCUCGCAGUCGUCCUCAUCCUCACCUAGCAAGGAUUCUUCAAGGGGGGAGCCAGAAGAAAGGAAAGACAGCGAUGACGAGCGUUCAGACCGUAACAGACCUUGGUGGAGGAAACGCUUCGUGUCAGCGAUGCCCAAAGCCCCUAUUCCCUUCCGGAAGAAGGAAAAGCAGGAGAAGGAGGAACUUGGGCAGGACAGAUUCUCCAUGCCAGAUGACGCAACAUCUAGACUUGGUCCCCACUCUCAGGCUGCAGAAGACAUUCUUGACAAGUAUAGGAAUGCCAUCAAGAGGAGUAGCCCAAGUGAUGGAGCCACAGGCUCCUAUGAGGCAGCAGAUGCCAUCGGUGAUGGAGAAAGUCUUCACGAUUCCCCUAGAGAGGAAGCCUUGCAGAAUAUGACUGCUGAUGAUCUCCUGGAUUCUGCCAGCCAAACGGCUCCUCCACCGGACUCCUCCUUCUCUUACAGGGAUGCAAAAAAGAAGUUGCGAUUAGCAUUAUGCUCUGCUGAUUCUGUUGCAUUUCCAAUGCUUUCCCACUCUACGCGGAAUGGUCUUCCUGAUCAUAAUGAUCCUGAAGACAAUGAGAUUGUGUGCUUCCUGAAAGUCCAGCUGGCCGAGGCCAUUAAUCUACAGGACAAGAACCUCAUGGCCCAGAUUCAGGAGACCAUGCGCUGUGUGAGCAGAUUUGACAACCGGACUUGCAGCAAGAUCCUUGCCUCCAUAGCCGAGGAUUACAGGAAAAGGGCCUCCUAUAUUGCAUAUCUGACGAGAUGUCGCCAGGGGCUACAAAGCACACAGGCUCACCUUGAACGGCUGCUGCAGAGAGUUCUUCGUGAUAAGGAAGUCUCCACGCGAUAUUUCACCACUGUUUGCGUCCGUCUCUUGUUGGAGAGCAAAGAGAAAAAGAUCCUGGAGUUUAUUCAAGAUUUUCAGAAGUUAACAGCAGCCGAUGAUAAAACUGCGCAAGUGGAGGAAUUCUUGCAGUCCCUGUACGGAGCUAUGGCCCAAGAUGUGAUUUGGCAAAAUGCCAGCGAGGAGCAGCUACAGGACGCGCAAACUGCAAUUGAGAGAAGCGUGAUGAACCGUAUUUUUAAGCUGGCCUUCUACCCCAACCAGGAUGCCGACGCACUACGUGAUCAGGUGUUAUACGAACACAUCCAAAGAUUGUCCAAAGUGGUGACAGCCAAUCACAGAGCUUUACAGAUCCCGGAGGUCUACUUGAGGGAAGCUCCGUGGCCUUCUGCACAGGCUGAAAUCCGUACCAUUAGCGCGUACAAAACUCCCAGCGACAAGGUGCAGUGUAUCCUGCGCAUGUGUUCAACCAUUAUGAACCUUCUAAGUCUCGCUAACGAGUACUCCGUCCCUGGAGCGGAUGAUUUUGUCCCUGUCCUGGUAUUUGUCCUUAUUAAGGCUAACCCACCCUUCCUGCUGUCCACGGUACAGUACAUCAACAGUUUCUACUCAAAUCGUCUAACUGGAGAGGAGUCCUACUGGUGGAUGCAGUUCACUGCCGCAGUGGAGUUCAUUAAAACCAUUGAUGAUCGCAAGUAACGGUGUCGACCAGCUGCUUUAUAAAAGGAAGUGACUUCUGCCUGCCAGCAGAGGGCAGCAGAGCCCUGCUUCUUGUAUCAUACCUGUACAGAGAGGAGGUGGAGGAGCCUUUGUGCACUGAGUUGGUUUUUCCUUCUUCUAAGUCCCUUCUCCAUUUCUAACACUGCAUCCUCUUACACAGACUUGAUACUAAACAGAAAUCAUGUUUUUGCUCAGAAUUUUAUUUAUUUUUUUGGUGUAGAAACGCAAAAAGGGACCACGUCAAGUAUUUUAGAUUUAAGAUCCACUUGACAGCUCGUUUUCAGGUUGUCACUGCAAUCUAAUUAAAAGUAGCUAUAGGGAUUAGUGGCAAUAAUUGAGAUUAUAUCUAUAUAUAUGUGUAUACAUAAAAACUCACUUUGCUGCCUUUUGGGAGUGAAGUGUAUAUAAAGGGUUGCGGGUUACAGUCACUUCAGGUCCCCUCUCCAACUAUUGCCAAAAUUGGUUGUGAAUGGGAUUUUUUAAAAUCAAUAUCCUCUAUAGUCUUGGAAAUCUAAAACAGCAGGAUUUUACUUAAAUUCCAUCGCAUCAUGGUCUGAGCGGCCAUUUUGUAAUUUAAUACAGUGAGAAUGCAGCUUAAGGUUGAUUAUUGGUAUCCCAGAGACACCAUCUAUGUGUAAAGAUUACUAUGUAACGCCAUGCCUGCCGGGAGAUUUUAAACAGAACAUUUCUACUAUGGAAGAAAUAUCGGGGUAUGUUCCCAAAGGGUGAAAUCUGCAGCAUUAACUGACGUCCCGCAGAUCUGAAAUCCACACCGCAGGUCAAUUUCAGCAUGGAUACGGAGCAGAUUUUCACCAAAGCGUCUGGAUGAGAUUUCUAAAAUGUCAUCCUCUUUGCUGCUACUAGAAACACUGUAGAUUUUCCACCGCAAUUGGGGUUCAUGCACAUGACCGUAGUUUCGGUCCACAUCCGAUAUGCAUUUUUUUUAGGCAGAUCAGAUGAGGACCCAUUCAUUUCAGCGCGGCCGAAAAAGAUGCAGACAGCACACCGUUUGCGCUCAGCAUCUGCACGUUUAUUCCGUGGCCCGCAACAACAAAAAAAAGGUACUAUUUUUGUCCGUUACGCUGACAAAAAUAGGAAUUUAAAACAGGCCACGGGACUUGGAGAAGGGAAAAUGAAGCACAUGGAACGCAAAAACGGAUAUGGCCGUGGGCCUGAGGCCUAACGCGGUGUGAAAUCUGCAGCAUAUACGCCACAUGGGAACAUAAACUCAUGCACAUGUUCAGGGUCACUAAAUUUUUAAUGGUCAGUCCUUUGGGUCCUGUAGAAGACCUUGUAAAUCUUGUAACAUAGGUGGAUGUGAAGUAUGUGUGUACGUAUCGAUAUGUAUACAUCUGGUGGAAUUCAUUGAUCCAACACUGUAAAGACUUCCAGGAAGAUAAAUCCAGGGAAAGCGCAAGUAGUUGGCUAUACGUCUUCAAACGGUAGUCUUGGAAGAUUCCGGAUUAUUUGGCACCUCUGUACCAGACUAUUGGAACGACCAUACUGAACGUUGGAUUAAAUGGAUUUGACCAUAUGUGUAUGUGUUCAUAUUUAUACCCAUAGAAAGAACAGUACAUGGAACUUUUCUAUAUUAUUACAGAAUUUAACAUGUAUGAUAUAAACGCAAGGUUGAGGUAGCGCAGAACAGAUGGUUGUCUUCUGUAAUAUUUCCUAAGAAACUGGUAGUUUCUCUGCUUCUACAAUAAACUUUCUGUAGAAAACCUG